AUGAGUUCGACAAAUAUAUGGAGCACAGGAAGCUCAGUCUACUCGACUCCUGUAUUUUCACAGAAAAUGACGGUGUGGAUUCUGCUCCUGCUGUCGCUCUACCCGGGCCUCACGAGCCAAAAAUCUGAUGAUGACUAUGAAGAUUAUGCUUCUAACAAAACGUGGGUCUUGACUCCAAAAGUUCCUGAGGGUGAUGUCACUGUCAUCUUAAACAACCUUCUGGAAGGAUAUGACAAUAAACUUCGGCCUGAUAUAGGAGUGAAACCAACAUUAAUUCACACAGACAUGUAUGUGAAUAGCAUUGGUCCAGUGAACGCUAUCAAUAUGGAAUAUACAAUUGAUAUAUUUUUUGCCCAAACAUGGUAUGACAGACGUCUGAAAUUUAACAGCACCAUUAAAGUCCUCCGAUUGAAUAGCAAUAUGGUGGGGAAGAUCUGGAUUCCAGACACUUUCUUCAGAAACUCCAAAAAGGCUGAUGCACACUGGAUAACCACCCCCAAUAGGAUGCUGAGAAUUUGGAAUGACGGUCGAGUGCUCUACACUUUAAGGUUGACAAUCGAUGCUGAAUGCCAAUUACAAUUGCACAACUUUCCAAUGGAUGAACACUCCUGCCCCUUGGAGUUCUCCAGUUAUGGCUAUCCACGUGAAGAAAUUGUCUACCAAUGGAAGCGUAGUUCUGUUGAAGUGGGUGACACAAGAUCUUGGAGGCUUUAUCAAUUCUCCUUUGUCGGCUUGAGAAAUACCACUGAAGUAGUGAAGACAACUUCUGGAGACUACGUGGUCAUGACUGUCUACUUUGACCUGAGCAGAAGAAUGGGCUACUUCACCAUCCAGACCUACAUCCCCUGCACACUCAUCGUCGUCCUCUCCUGGGUGUCUUUCUGGAUCAAUAAGGAUGCUGUUCCAGCCAGGACUUCUUUAGGUAUCACCACUGUCCUGACAAUGACUACCCUCAGCACUAUUGCCCGGAAGUCCCUCCCCAAGGUCUCCUAUGUCACAGCAAUGGAUCUCUUUGUAUCUGUCUGCUUCAUCUUUGUCUUCUCUGCUUUGGUGGAGUAUGGCACUCUGCAUUAUUUUGUCAGCAACCGGAAACCAAGCAAGGACAAAGACAAAAAGAAGAAAAACCCUCUUCUUCGGAUGUUUUCCUUCAAGGCCCCUACCAUUGAUAUCCGACCAAGAUCAGCAACCAUUCAAAUGAACAAUGCCACACACCUUCAAGAGAGAGAUGAAGAAUAUGGAUAUGAAUGUCUCGACGGCAAGGACUGUGCCAGUUUUUUCUGCUGUUUUGAAGAUUGCCGAACGGGAGCUUGGAGACACGGGAGGAUACAUAUUCGUAUUGCCAAAAUGGACUCCUAUGCGCGGAUCUUCUUCCCCACUGCCUUCUGCUUGUUCAAUCUGGUUUAUUGGGUCUCCUACCUUUAUCUGUGA